GCUGUAGCAUGGUGUUUGCAAAGUUGCAUUGACUUGUGAUCAAGCAAUAUGAGUUCAGGACUGUCCUGGAAAACUGGACGGGAUGGUCGCAGGAAUUUCGGAGACCAUGACGACCGUUGGGUAGAUCAUGACAACAACAAUGACCAAGGUGGACGAGGAGGGGGAAAGUACAACAACAGAGGCAAGACUCGAGGGAAUCGUGGAUUUGGUGGCUUUUACACUCCGACUCGUGGCAGUCGUAGUAGCUACCGCAACAAGUACACCUCAAACAGUCGAUCAUACAACAAUAGGGGUUCGAGAGGAGGAAAUUCAAGAGGUGGUUACAAAGGAAGUGGAGCAGCAGGAGGAAGUGGUGCAGGUCCUCGCAACAGACUAGAUAGUGAGGGAGACUGUGACAUGGAAAAUGAAGGGUCUGGAUCAUCAUCAAGAUACUCUCCAUACGGCCGACCGGAUCGACGUGGCUCCAGAAAUUCUAGGGGAGAUUACUCCAGUAAAGGAGACUCAAGACGAGGAAGUGGCGGUUAUUCAAACAGCGGAGGAAGAUAUUACAACAGUGGCCCGCAGUGGUACAAAGUUACGAUACCAAAAGGAAAGAAAUCAGAAAAAGCAGUGCUACUUCGGUUGAUAAAUGAAAACAUUUCCACUCCAUUUAUUCCACAAAAUUUCCACUUUGAGCAAGACAGUGCUGUGUUCCAUAUACAAGACAAAGAUGUCGCAGAUGCAGUCCGUGCCCAGAGUCAAAGACACACACUCCCAAAUGGAUUCAAGAUGGUUAUUAUUGUGAAGCCUUCCUCGCCACCAUUAAACUACAUGGACAAAGAGACAAUAGAAAAACUGAAGGCGACCAUGAGUAGGCGAUAUGACUCCAGUGCUAAGAUGCUAGACCUUAGUAAUCUUUACCAGGACUCAGAAAUGUCAAAAGAAAAUGUACAUCUACCUCUCAGCAGACAAAAUGUGAUGACACAAGUGAUCACUAUUAUAGAAGAGAAUAUUCCAGAGUUGGAGGGACUGGAUAUCAGUAAUAAUCGGCUGAUAUCAUUAGAGAAUUUGUCAAAAUUGACGAAGAUAUGUCCUAAUAUUGGAAGAGUCAACCUUGGUAAAAACUCGGUGCGGCACCUUGAUGAAUUGGACAAAGUGAAAGACUGGAAACUUGUGGAACUGAUGCUGGAUGGAAAUGAGCUUUGUGAUAAGUUUGAAGAUCAAGCAGCAUACAUUAGUGCUGUACGGAAGAAAUUUCCUAAAGUUAUGAAGUUGGAUGGACACGACCUUCCGCCCCCAAUAACCUUUGACCUGGAGACAAGUACAGAAUUACCUGCCACUAAAGGCAGUUUUUUCUUAAAUGCAGAGAUCCAGGAUGUUUUGGUGAAAUUCCUAAAAGAAUAUUUUACAAUAUAUGACUCUGACAAUCGUCAGCCAUUGACUGCAGCUUACCAAGAGGAGGCUAUUUUUUCCUUGUCAGCUUCAAAAAACAAUUCAUCAGAUCAUUGGCAAGCAGGUCUGCAGACAUACUUUCCAGAGAGUAGAAAUCUGCUGCGAAAAUCACGAGAUCCAAGUCAGAAGCAGCGAGUGUUGAUGCGUGGCAAACUGAAUGUUGUGUCGAAGCUGUGUCUGUUGCCGAAAACUACGCAUGACUACAAUUCAUUUGUGGUGGAUGUUGACCAUGCUUCUACUACCCUCCUCAGCUUCACAGUAAUGGGAGUCUUUAAAGAAGCUGACGAACGUUCCGAUCGACAACCAGUGAGGGCAUUCAGCCGUCGUUUUAUAGCCCUGCCCAGAGGUCAGGGUAUGGUGAUCGCCAAUGAUAUGCUGACAGUGACAAAUGCUUCACCUAGCCAAGCACAGGCAGCCUUUAAGAACCCUGCCCCAACUCCCUCAUCAAGUCCUGUGCCUGACACAACUCCUGCUGCACCGUUUCAUCCAGCAGGGCCAAGCCUUACUCCUGAGCAACAACAGAUGGUGCAGAGCUUUUCUGCACAGUCGCAGAUGAACCUAGAGUUCUCAGUCAAAUGUCUGGAGGAACAUCACUGGAAUUAUGAUGUUGCAGGUCAAGCGUUCCUCACUCUACAGAAAGAGAACAAAAUUCCACCAGAAGCAUUUGUGAAAUGAACCAGUCCAGAGAUGAGUGUGAAAAGAUCUCAGAAAAUCUUGCUCCAAGGCAGUUUACUGAUUGAACAUAUAACUUUCUACACAGAACAGUAGCAAGCUAUUUAAUCCUGACACAAAAAACAAAUCCAGCUUGGAUUUAUUUCACUGUUUUAGAAGAGACAUAACUUAGGAGGAAAUUCUAGUUUUUAUCAAACAAGUGAACAUGGUUGGAUCUUCAGGCCAAGAGUACCACUUCAAGUAUCACUGAUUUGUAUUGGAUAUGAUAUGUGUUACACAGACUCUGUUUUAGGCCCAAUAACCGACUGGCUACACAGACUCAGGUUUAGGCCCAAUAACCAACUGAUUACACAGACUCUGGUUUAAAGACUUCAGUCAGUCUGCCUAUACAGACUGGUUGAACAGACAGUUUGCUAAAGAAUCACAUUGAGAUCAGACUUAAACAUUGCUAGAGACAUUCAAAUUACUACAAUGACAGUUUUCUUCAGAGGAAAAAAGUAAUUCCAUCCAUAUAAACAACUUGCUGUUGACUUUCCUCUGUGGUCACUUUCAUCAGUUACAUACCUGUAGUACUCUGUGACUCUUAGUACAGCUCAGAUCGGAAGGGCAGUACAUAAUGUACCUACUUUUAAAACCUGGUGGUAUACAGGCAUGUGAUAAUCUAGUCUGAAUCUUAGUCAUGCUAUACGCUCCUCAUUGGUUAAAAUCACCAGGGAUGAUGUCUGAUUGGGUUGAACCACCAGGGAUGAUGUCUGAUUGGGUUGAACCAACAGGGAUGAUGUCUGAUUGGUUAGAACAAUCAGGGAUGAUGUCUGAUUGGUUAGAACCACCAGGGAUGAUGUCUGAUUGGUUAGAACCACCAGGGAUGAUAUCUGAUCAGUUAGAACCACCAGGGAUGAUGUCUGAUUGGUUAGAACCACCUGGGAUGAUGUCUGAUUGGUUAGAACCACCAGGGAUGAUGUCUGAUAUAUCAUCAAAAUUAUUAUUUUCAAAAUGUUUUUUUGAACAUUCAUGUUGUUUAUGAAAUAUGGUAAUUUUAAAACCCUAGAUAUGGGUAAUAAAUAUUACAUAUUGUACAUUUUCAUAGAACAAAACUGUGGUUUGAUAGUGUAAACUGUGUGUGAUACAUGUUAUAAAUUAUUGACUGGAUGGAUGUUCUUGGGCUUUCUGGUAAGGGAUAUACUUGUAAAUACUUUGUCAAGUCAACUGUUUAUGAGCGAUGAUGGUUUUAGUAUGUGCGAAAUUUUAUCAUUGUAGAUUUUAUAUUCCUGAAAUUGUAUUUGUAAAAAACAUUUGUUGUUAAAAAAUAGUGAUAUUGGAAGAGGCCCAGAGAAAUCAUCAUUUAAAUUAUCUAACGUUUCAUUUCAUGCAAGGAGUGCUACAUCAUAAAAUCGGGGUUUUUUUUUUUUCCAAGAACUAAAUGUAAUAAUGUAUUUUUUAAUAAGUGAUAUUAUCUUAUCUUGAUACAUUUUUAUGUAUUUUUGUAUGGUCCAUACUUUUAACAUUUGAUUCAAAAUCCUUAAUCAAUUUCCACCAAAAUGUCAUAUUUAUUUUUCAAUCAUUGGAGGAAGAAUACAAUCUUUAAAAAAUUCCCUGAAACUAUGUCUUUUAAAAGAUUUUGAUUUAACAUUUUCACUUUGAUCAGCCAUCAUUUUUUAAUUGGUUUUGAGGAUAAAAAUUAUUACAGACAGGAAACGUAUCAACAUUCUUAAUUACUGGAGAAGUAAAGGGACAGAUAUGUGCAAGUUUUGUGUCUUUUUUUGUGUGUAGUGUAGAUAUAAUCUAUCAAGCUCUUUGUUGUACAAAUUACAUGAAAUAUAAAACAUUUUAAUUGUUAUAGGACAAGAAUUUAUUGUAAUUAUGAAAAAUAAAUUGGUGAGGUUGUAAGCCUGAGUAUAUGUCACAGCAGCUGUAUGUGUUUUUGGGGAUGAAUAUGGUGAGUGAUUUGGUAUGAUUGGUGAAAGUAUUUGUUUGAAGUCUGGAAUCUUGAGGAUAGAGGAUGAGAGGGCUGUUGUUUGUUCAAAGAUUUAUAGAAAAGUACCAUCUUUCCGUCAAAAAAAAAAAAAGAUUUUCUGUAUAGAUUUGUCAUAUUAUUUGUGAAUUGUGUAUUACUUCAUAAAUACCCUUAUGAUUCAUGACAUCAGACAAAAUGUCAAGUUUUAAUGUUUGAUAAUAAAUAUUUUCGUAGAAAACAA